UGGCUAGAGUAAAUUUCAGGAAACACUAGUGAUCUUAUUUUGUAGUCCAAGAAGCCGAGAGGAAGGUGCUAAUUUUCCGUUUUAUUCUGCACUAUGCGGACGCUACUUUUUAUGUUUGUAUUUCUUCUGAUACCUGCUUCAGCACCAGCAUUGAGAGACGAUGACGAGGAUUGGGUUAAACUACCCAAUAAAUGUGAAGUGUGCAAGUACGUCACGGUAGAAAUGAAAUCUGCAUUUGAAGAAACAGGAAAAACCAAAGAAGUGAUUGACACAAAGUAUGACUACAUGGAGGAAAAAAAAGGGAUUCCGAUAAAAUAUGUAAAAUCUGAUAUCAGAUUCAUAGAAGUAAUGGAGACAAUUUGUCAGAGGCUCAUGCAAUAUAAUUUACACAAAGAAAGAACAGGAAGCAACCGAUUUGCAAAGGGAAUGGCGGAGACCUUCCAGACGUUACACAAUUUAGUGCACAAGGGAGUGAAGGUGGUGAUGGACAUCCCGUAUGAACUGUGGAAUGAGACGUCUGCAGAGGUAGCAGACCUGAAGAAGCAGUGUGAUGUGAUGGUGGAGAAGUAUGAAGAUGUCAUUGAAGACUGGUAUAGGAAGUAUCAGGAUGAAGAUCUCACCACUUACCUGUGUGAAAAGCAUGUACUGAAGGGGGAAAACCAAGAGUGCUUGAAAGAAGUUUGGACUGCAAAAAAGGGGGAAACAGCAGCUAUUGAUGAAAAGAAGAAGAAAAAGAAGGAAGGAACAAAUAAUGGCAAGGAGGACCACAAGAAAAGCAAGGGAAGGAAAAAGAAGAUGAGUAAACUGGAGACUGAGAAAAGGGACAGAGCAGAGGAUUUUACAUCUGAUGAAGAAAUCCAGAAAAAGGUCCCCCUCACCCAUGAAAAAAGUGAUCUAUGAGAGACACAAGGAUCUGCUAUGGACUGGCUUCCUCAUAUAGUACCAGGCAAAAUGUGCACCACUUUUCACAAUGGAAUGAAGAUCAGUUAAUCUGUGAUUCAGGUUCCAAAAAGUUUGGCAUUGCUUUCAGGAAAUGUAAUGCACAUUUUUACUGUAGGAAAAUACUUUAAAAAUGAAUCUGGCUGACUUAGAGAUUCCUGUGUCCAAGUAAGUGGAAGGAUUGAAGUUGUUGAAAUUCUCAGUUUUUUUUUUUUUUUUAUCAAUUUCCAUAGACAAGUCUGAAUACCACUCAAUGCAAUUGGAGGGAAUUCAGUCUUUUAUCUGUCGAGCAGUCUGUGUGCAUUUCAGAUGUAAAGCUGUAUAUCUAAUUGAUCCCACAACGUUUUGGCAUAAACCGCUGUUCAGGUAUCAAAACUAGACAUUAACAACUCGUAAGUGUCUUUCUUUAAUCUUUUUUUUCUUAAUAUAUAUUUUGGGUAAAUUUAGCAUUGGAUAAUAAAACUUCUUAAGUCAAACUAACCCUCUGGUUAUAUUUAAAUGACGGUGCCCCUAUCCUAUAAAUUAAAAUGGUCUUCUCAGUUGAGUGAAGUGUAAGAAGACAUUCGUUAACGUCUACUUCCUUGGAGUUCUCCCUGGGUUUAUGAUUCAGUGUUUGAGUUUACGGAGCCACGAUUUUCCGAGGUAACCAAAAGAAGGUUGUUUAUUCAUCUUUAGCCUGUUUCACUUUUCUAAUUGUUAGCCUGUGGGAUAGUUUGUUUUUGUGUCCCUGUACUUCAAUAUACUGGUUUUACAAGUACAAGCUGUAGAUCCACCCUUUUUUUUAUUUUAUUUUUUUUUUGUACUGUUUCUUCUUGCUGUCUGAUUGUUUCCUGUGCAGUACAUCACAUGACCUGAUUGCAACUCAGCCAUUGGAGUGAAACUGAACUACAACACAGGAAGUUGUUGUGCACCAGGAAAAAGCAGCAACUUUUACUUUAUUGUUAUCUUUGACAAAUCUGCAUAUGCAAAGAACCUGUCCAGAAAUAAAUUGGAACUAGUCAUUAUAUUGAUAUUUUUAUAAAAGGCAUGAAAAUUGAUAUCGACCAGUAAUGUGUGUGUCAAACUGCAUAGGCAUGACCACUACCACUAGGGGGUGCUGUGGGUUAAUGCAGUAGCCUUUCACCUCUGGAUACUCGAAGGUUCGAAUCCAGCUUGACUCACAAAUCGAAUCUGGUUGAUGGGUUUAAGAUAGUCUGACUCACAGAGCUACCACACAAUGUGGCGCACAGAUGUUCAGGUCAUGUUUGAGUGAAAGUGGGCUUAGGGUGUCAGUAUAUCUAGAAUAAGCUUGAUGCAGUUUGACACAUUUUUAAGGAACUCUAAAAUGAAUGUAAAUGGGCUGACAACAACAGUUUUUAGGUGAUACCUUUAAAUAGAAUCAGUUGAAUCUGGACAUAAAACUGUUAGCCCUUGAGACCACAAAGUGUACUCUUCAGGUAAGAAGUGAAGCAGGCUGGUUUGAGUAUAUGGCCAGGGCAAGGAGUAGUAUUGUAUUCCUUCUGACAAAUGAAGGUUAAGAAUGUCUCAUCUGUCUAGUAUGGGGGUUUGUGGAUAGUAGGAUUCAGUGUAAUGAGAAUUCUAAAAACAGCUGAUGUAUGGCAGGUUUGAUUCCCCAGUUAACUAAAAUAUGUGAUCUGCUACCCAUUACUGAAAUCUGUGUGCAAGUAUUGUGCGAUUUCAGGAUUCUAAAAUGACUUUAUAUUAUAGAUUUUGUACUGUAACAUAAUGCAUUUACAUAUUCCAUUUUAUCAGACUGGUAAUAGACAAAGUGCUACUGUCUGCAAAUUCAGUAUUUAUUUAUUUAUUUUUUUAAUUGUCUGUUGUAGGAAUCGUUUAUUAGGCUUUUUUGCUUCUGUGUGAAUUUGGUUUUGACAGAUAGAUUUUUACUUAAUUCUGUGUUUACGUGUGAUUUUGGGUUUGUUAAAAUAUAGCAGCUGGGUAUAGGCAUGAAACACCACAGUCAUCUGAGUACAUCCUUCUUGUAUAAAUUAAUUUAUAUUAUAGUGUUUCAGUCAUCACAUCCCAAUGCUUUUUAAAAUCCUGUGUAUGUGUAAGUACUAUAUAGGAGGCCGUGUGGUCCAGCGUUUAAAGAAACGGGCUUGUAACCAGGAGGUCCCCAGUUCAAAUCCCAGCUGAGCCAUUGAAUCAU